UGGCUCGCCGCUCCAAGUCGGCGGCUUGCUCUCUGGCCGCUGCUGGGCUUCGCGAUCCGUUUACUCAAAAGCAAAGACCUUUGUAUUCUUACGCCUGGCUCACGACAGAGCCCAUGGAACAAAGAGAUCACUCAAAGAAACUGAAAUACCGUACCCAGUUGUAGUGAGCUUUUUGCUCUGCUGUUUAGGCCAGAAUGGCUGUGGAAUCCAGAACAGUUUCAACCUUGGUACCUCAGAGUCCUCAGGAUCAAGAACUAAUACUAGUGAAAGUAGAAGAAAGCCUUUCCUGGGGUCAGAAAUGUAAGCAGGGUGGGAGCACCAGAUCCUGCCAAGAAUUGUUCCGCCAACAAUUCAGAAAGUUUUGCUACCAGGAGACACCUGGACCCCGGGAAGCUCUGGGCCGACUCCAGGAGCUUUGCUAUCAGUGGCUCAUGCCAGAGUUGCACACCAAGGAGCAGAUCCUGGAGCUGCUGGUGCUGGAGCAGUUUCUGAGCAUCCUGCCUGAGGAGCUGCAGAUCUGGGUUCAGCAACAUAGUCCAAAAAGCGGCGAGGAAGCUGUGACCCUGUUGGAGGAUUUGGAGAGGGAAUUUGAUGAUGCAGGGCAGCAGCAGGGACCAGCAGUGCCAUGGAAGGAUUUGACAGGUCUUGGAACAUCCCAGGAGCUAACAAACAUCCAACUCCAGCCUUUAAAGACACAGCUGAAACCCUGGGAACCUUGCCUUUCCCCCAAAAGUGAUCGUGAGAACCACGAAUCAGUGACCAAGAAGGACAUUUCAGGAGAAAAAUCACAAGGACAUCCCCAGGAGCCUUCAUCUGGAGGAGUUAGUGAACAUGACAGCAAUUUAAAGUGGCAACAAGAAAGUCCUACAGGGGAGAAAUUAAGAAGAUUCCCUACCCAAGGGGGCAGUUUUAGUCAAGUAAUCUUCACACACAAAUCUCUGGGAAAGAGAGACCAUCCUGAGCCUCAAAGCAGCUUGAUUCUAAGUACAAACUCUAUAACUUACCAGAAAGUUCCUACAGAAGAGAGACCUUAUAGAUGUGAUGUAUGUGGGCACAGCUUCAAACAGCAUUCCUCUCUAACACAACAUCAGAGAAUCCAUACUGGAGAAAAGCCUUAUAAGUGUAACCAGUGUGGGAAGGCUUUUAGUCUGAGGUCAUACCUUAUCAUUCAUCAGAGAAUUCACAGUGGUGAGAAAGCAUAUGAAUGUAGUGAAUGUGGGAAAGCCUUCAAUCAGAGCUCAGCCCUCAUUAGACAUCGUAAAAUUCAUACUGGGGAGAAAGCUUGUACAUGUAACGAAUGUGGCAAAGCAUUCAGUCAAAGUUCCUAUCUCAUUAUACAUCAAAGAAUUCACACUGGCGAGAAACCCUAUGAGUGUAACGAGUGUGGGAAAACCUUUAGCCAAAGCUCAAAGCUUAUUAGACACCAGCGAAUUCAUACGGGAGAGAGACCUUAUGAAUGUAAUGAAUGUGGAAAAGCUUUCAGGCAGAGUUCAGAGCUGAUAACCCAUCAGAGAAUACAUAGUGGAGAGAAACCCUAUGAAUGUAAUGAGUGUGGAAAAGCUUUCAGUUUGAGCUCAAACCUCAUCAGACAUCAGAGAAUUCAUAGCGGAGAGGAACCCUAUCAGUGUAAUGAAUGUGGCAAAACCUUCAAAAGGAGCUCCGCCCUUGUUCAGCAUCAGAGAAUCCAUUCUGGGGAUGAAGCUUACAUAUGUAAUGAAUGUGGGAAGGCUUUCAGGCACAGAUCAGUCCUCCUGCGCCAUCAGAGGGUGCACACUGUCAAAAGACAGCAUAACUGUGAUGAAUGUGGGCAAAGUUUUGCUUGGAGUACAGGCCUUAUUAGGCAUCGAAGAACCCAUUGGGAGAAACCCUAUGAAUGUGAUAAGUGUGGAAAGGCUUUUAGUGUGAGCUCAGCUCUGGUUCUGCAUCAGAGAAUUCAUACUGGAGAGAAACCCUAUCCUUGUACUUGGUGCAUUAAAAGUUUCAGUCGGAGCUCAGACCUUAUUAAACAUCAAAGAGUCCACACUGGUGAAAAACCUUAUAAAUGUGAUGAAUGUGGGAAAGCCUUCAGUCAGAGUUCUGAUCUCAUCAUCCAUCAGAGAAUCCAUACAGGAGAAAAACCCUAUCAGUGCAGUCACUGUAGUAAAAGUUUUAGCCAGCGCUCAGAUUUGGUUAAGCAUCAAAGAAUCCAUACUGGAGAGAAGCCUUAUACAUGUAACCAGUGUAACAAACAUUUUAGUCAGAGUUCUGAUGUUAUAAAACAUCAAAGAAUCCACACUGGGGAGAAACCAUAUAAAUGUGAUGUGUGUGGAAAAGCCUUCAGUCAGAGCUCAGAUCUUAUUCUGCAUCAGAGAAUUCACACUGGGGAGAAACCAUAUCCAUGUAAUCAGUGUAACAAAAGUUUCAGUCAGAACUCAGAUCUUAUUAAACAUCGAAGGAUCCACACUGGAGAGAAACCCUAUAAAUGUAAUGAAUGUGGUAAAGCUUUUAAUCAGAGCUCAGUCCUUAUUCUGCAUCAGAGAAUUCACACUGGAGAGAAACCCUAUCCAUGUAAUCAGUGCAGCAAAACCUUCAGUAGACUUUCAGAUCUCAUGAAUCAUCAGAGAAUUCACACUGGAGAGAAACCUUACCCAUGUAGCCAGUGCAGCAAAAUGUUUAGUCGAAGAUCAGACCUUGUUAAACAUCAUAGAAUUCAUACAGGGGAGAAGCCCUAUGAAUGUGAUGAGUGUGGGAAAACCUUUAGUCAGAGCUCGAAUCUUAUUCUCCAUCAGAGAAUCCACACUGGAGAGAAACCCUAUCCAUGCAGUGAUUGUACUAAAAGUUUUAGUCGUCAUUCAGACCUCGUUAAACAUCAAAGAAUACACACUGGAGAGAAGCCAUAUGCUUGUAACCAGUGCAAUAAAAGUUUCAGUCAAAGCUCAGACCUCACUAAACAUCAGAGAGUGCACUCUGGGGAAAAGCCCUAUCAUUGUGAUCAUUGUGAGAAAGCCUUCAGCCAGAGUUCUGACCUUAUUCUUCAUCAGAGAAUUCACACUGGAGAAAAACCAUACCCAUGCACACAGUGCAGCAAAAGUUUCAGUCAGAACUCAGACCUGAUCAAACACCAGAGAAUCCACACUGGGGAAAAACCCUAUCAGUGUCCUGAGUGUGGAAAGGCUUUUAGUCAGUGCUCAGCUCUUAUCCUACAUCAGAGGAUCCACACUGGAGAAAAACCAUAUUCAUGCGAUCAGUGUGGCAAAAGCUUUAGUCGGCGCUCUGAUCUCAUUAACCAUCAAAGAAUCCACGCAGGGGAAAAGCCAUGUAAAUGUGAUGCAUGUGGGAAAGCCUUCGGCACAUGCUCUGAGCUUACUGAACACCAGGGAAUCCACACUGGGGAGAGACCCCACACGUGUGUCCAGUGCAGCAGAAGUUUUAGCCAGCUCUCUGAGCUUAAUAAUCAUGAGACAGUCCAUUCUGAGGAAGACAGGCUAAGUGUGAUAAAUGUGGGAAAACCUUUAGAGUAUUCGCAGACUUUAUUUCAUACCAGGGACACUAUACCAGAAAAAAAUCUUAGGAAUGCUAUUGAUUAUGAAAACAGUUUUAAUCAGUGCUCAACUCUUGUGCUACAUUAAAAGGAAACACACUGGACAGAAAACACUUAAGUUCUACAAUGAAAGUUUAACUGAGAAUUCAGACAUUACGAAACUUAAAGAUUCUGAGUUCCAUGAGUAAUUGAGAAAACCUUCAAUAUGAAUAAAUAUUACUGAAUGUCAGCAACAAUGGAAAGAAAUUUC